AUGCACUGCUUAAAUUUACGAACAAAAGUACAAAUACUCCAUCGAAUUCUUGACACAGACCCUAAAACCAUAAAUACUAUUAUUACAAAAACCAAAAAGCCUUUUAAAAAUUACUUUCAACCUUCAUAUACUUUUUCGCGAAAUAUUUUUGAUAUUUCGUUACCAAAUAAGAAUGAGUUUAUACAAGCUUUACGCAAACAGACUAUUGAUAUUGAACAGGCUGUUGCCAUUAAAAGAAAUAAAGAGAAUAAACAGAAAGUAAGAAAAGAUACUGAAGCUGCGAAAGCAUUUAAUAAAAUUAAUGAGACAGAAUUUUCCCGAAUUGAUCAAUCACAAGCACUCGAAUUUUACAAAAAUAUCAACAAUUCAUAUUCUUUAAAACGUUUUUAUCUAAAUUUAAUCUCUUAUUUGUUACGUCAAUGUGCAAAUAAUAAUAGAUUAGAUUUAGUAAAUAUUAUAUUUACACAAUUUAUUAAAGAUAUUGAAAAUAAUCCAAACAAACAUUUGUUAGGAACAUUUAUUAUUAAUGUUUGGAAUACGUUUGCAUCAAUUUAUUAUGAAAGAGGAUCAUCUGAGGAAGUUGAAAUUAUGUUCAAGUCAAUGUCUAAAUAUACCGUUUCACCUAAUGCGAAAACAUUUUCGAUAUUGAUCAAAUCAAUAGCAAAAUCAAAAAAUCCUAAUCUUUGCUUUACGUUUAUUGAAAAAAGCAUUGUUAAAGGGUUUAAACUUAAAUCUGGAACUUUAAAUAUAUUACUUAAUUCAUGUCUCUCUUCAAACCAAAAUUUUAAUCAACAACAAAAAAGUAUUGAUAUCAUUCUUGAUUUAAUGUCUAAUUGGAAUGUAGGUCCUAAUGGAAAAACUUUAGAAAUUUUAUUAAAACAUUGUAGAGAUUUAAAUCAUUUAGAAAAAAUUUGGUCGAAGAUUGUAAAUCUUGGAUUUCAUUAUGAUCAAACUUUACAUAUAGAAAUUAUCAAAACCUGUUUAAGAUUAGCAAUACUCAAAGAAUCAACUUCAUCUACUAUCAGAUCAAGAAAAGAAGGAUUAUCAAUAUGCUUUGAUUACUUGUUACGACUUAAUCGUAUUUCUCAGGGUGAACUUGCAACUGGUGCAUAUAACAUUUUUUUGAAAGCAUGUGCUUAUCAUAAUGAUCUUAUCAAAGGAAUUAGAGUUAUAGAAAUGAUGUGGUCAAAAAAUUUAGAACCUCAAAUAAUAGGUUAUAACAAUUUACUUAACUCAAUUAGAAUAAUUACUUUUCAAAAUAUGUCAUCAUUGAGUUUAGCACAAAAAUCGAUGAUCAACGAUAUAUAUCGAGAAUAUUUAUGGAUAUUAUUGGAUGGAAUGUUUUCAAGACCAAAAACUAGAUUGAUGCCAAAACGAUUAAUAAAUUCAAUAAUUUUAGCAAUUGGAAGAGUUGGUGAUAUAAGAGGGUUAAUGGAAUUUUAUGAUUCUAAAAUAAAUUUGGAAAUUUCGAAUAAUAGGUUAAACGUGGUAGAUCAAACUAUUGGUAAUAUCUUUGCAUUAAGAACAAAUCAUAUACCAUUAGAUAUUACAUUUUUUAAUUUAUUUUUAAAAGAAAUUCCUUCUACAUCGAAUCCAUUAACUUCUUUAGAGAUGUUUAAUAGAUUACCAAAUUAUCUUGAACCAAAUAAUGUUACUAUUGAAUAUUUAUUUUCUUCUAUACAAACUUCUUUAGAUUUUAAAAAAUUUGGUACACAAUUUUGUGAUUCUUUAAUUCGACAAAGAGCAAAUAUCACUCCAGAAUUAAUGGUAGAUAUAUUUCAAAAAAUGUAUCAACGAAUUGUUGGUCAUAAUAGAAAAUCUAUGGAGGAGGUUGAUGUUAAUGAAUUUUAUUGGGUUUACGUUUCUGGGUACAUAGCCCGUGAAAUCAUAAAUGUUUAUAAUGAUCAGGACUUAAUAGAAUGUUUAAACAUGUUGAAAUAA